AUGUCAAAGGGGAGAGGUAGACGAACAAGUAAAGCUUACAUAGCUAUUUUUAUAUGUAUGUCAAUUAAAGCCAUCCAUCUCGAACUUGUAAGCGAUCUAACUUCAGAAGCUUUUAUUGGGGCUUUUAGACGUUUUGUAUCACGGAGAGGACGUUGCGCUCACCUGUGGAGUGACCAGGGCAGAACUUUCAUAGCAGCGAACAGAGAAUUGUCGGAAGAUUUAAAUGAAGCUAAUUUAAAUUUGAACAAUCAAAUUAAAAACGCUUUGGCUUUGGACGGCACCCAGUGGCACUUCAUUCCACCUUAUAGCCCUAACUUUGGUGGUUUAUGGGAAGCGGGGGUUAAAUCCAUGAAAGGACAUUUGAAGAGAGUCCUGACGAAGAAUUUAACAUAUGAGGAGAUGUCCACACUUUUGUGCCAGAUUGAAGCGUGCCUAAAUUCUCGGCCCUUAACACCAAUUAAUGAAUCUGAGGUGGACAAUAUAAGCCCUUUAACACCAGGCCAUUUUUUGAUCGGUGAAGCUCCUAUUUCUGUCCCAGCGCCAGACUUAUGUGAUGCAAAAAUUAGCCUACAAGCACGUUGGCGAUAUACACAAAAACUCUUAGGCGACUUUUGGUAUCGAUGGCAGCAUGAAUAUCUCACAAGGUUGCAACAAAGACCAAAGUGGCUUAAAAGGGAACGGGAAUUUGCCAUCAAUGAAAUAGUUCUCAUUAAGCAAGAUAAACUGCCUCCUGGAAAGUGGAUGCUGGGUCGCAUACUUGCCAAACAUCCUGGACCAGAUGGAGUCACAAGAGUUUACAGUUUAAAGUGCGGUGAUGGUGUUAUUAAAAGAAGUGUGUUAAAACUGUGUCAUUUGCCUAUUGAUUGUAAUUGA